CAGACUGUGACGGGACACGGGAAUGGAUGUUUGUGUGAUUACAAAGUGCAUAAAAAUAUUAUUGUAAAAUAGUCCUACUAAGACAUUUAUAUAGGUUAAAUUUUAAAGAUGGCGAAAAAGAUCAUCGCUUUCGCAGCCAUAGCGUUGCUGGUGUCGUCCAGUGAAGCGUUAAGGAUCCUAGUGUUCUUCCCGAUGUAUUCAAAGAGCCAUAGCAUACUGGGGCAUGGCGUUGCUAACCGAUUGCUAGAAGCCGGCCAUCAGGUUGUCCACGUAACUGGCUUCCCCCGAGAAAAACCAGCGGAGAAUCUGACCGAAAUAAGUCUUGAGGAGCCAGGGAAAAAGAUGAAGGCUUCUAUGGAUAAAGAUGAAUCCUUCAAACUAAAAAACCUCGUCGGUAAAGGGAACUUCGGCGACUCGGUAUUUUUUAUGUACUUUACGUACAACAUACACCGAAGUAUCUUUGAAGCCGACGAACUGGUACAAUUCCUUAGGGAUCCCUUGCAGAAGUUUGACGCAGCUGUCGUUGAGUGGUUCUUCGCUGAUGUCAUUGCUGGCAUAGCCCCCGUAUUCCAAUGUCCGCUGAUCUGGUUUGCGUCCACUGAAGCCCACUGGCAAGUCCUUAAACUCAUCGAUGAAGUACCGAACCCUGCUUUUAACGUAGACAUUUUUUCCGUCAGUAGACCGCCUCUAGGGUUUUGGGAGCGGGUCGUCGAGAUAUAUACAAUGAUCAAAAAGAUGAUUAUAAUGAGUGUCAUAAUUAAGCCGUGGGAGAAAACACUGUACAAUGAAGUAUUUACAAGCAUUGCUGCUGUAAAAGGGCUAACAAUGCCUUCUUACGAUGAAGCAGUGUACAAUGGUUCUUUCAUGUUGGUAAACUCCCAUCCAUCUAUUGGAACUCCCUUUAGACUGCCACAGAGUGCUAAAUAUGUCGCGGGAUACCAUAUCGAUAGUAAUGUUAGCCCCUUGUCACAGGAUCUUCAGAAAGUUAUGGACGGAGCAAAGUACGGUGUAAUAUACUUCAGUAUGGGAAGUAACUGGAAAAGUGCAGAUAUGUCGGCCAACAUGCAAAGUUCCCUACUCAACAUGUUUGCCAAGUUGAAACAGACCGUAAUAUGGAAGUUCGAGGAAGAUAUGGAUAAAGUUCCGGCUAAUGUGCGAUUGGUGAAGUGGGCACCACAACAGGCUAUACUUGCUCACCCGAAUUUGAAGUUUUUCAUCACCCACGGCGGUCAGCUGUCGACGACAGAAGCCAUACACUUCGGAGUACCAGUCAUCGGUAUACCGAUUGCUGGAGACCAGCACGUUAAUAUGCGCUCCGUGUCCAACAAGGGUUUCGGUAUAACAGUUACAUUGGCGGAAGACAUGGCUGACCACAUCUAUGUUGCUAUCCAGAAGAUGCUGGGUAAUCCAACAUACAAAAUAAAGGCUAAGGAACUAUCGUUUAUCUACCACAACCGUAAUCAGAAGCCAGGGGAUGAACUAGUCUUCUGGAUAGAACACGUAGUAGCCACUGGGGGUGCUCAACACUUGAGAUCUCCAGCGUUAUCUUUGCCGUUUUACCAGAAAAUGUAUUUAGAUGUACUCCUUGUAAUCAUGUCAGUAUUAUUUAUAGGUAAAAAGUUGGUAAAGAAGCUGAUAAGAAAUGAAAAGAACGAGAAAGGGAAAAAAGAGAAAACCAAAUAGGUUCUCAGGUUUGUGAUUCGCUGUUUUUAAGGCCCGUAACUGAUCUCGAGCUAACAACAGGUUCUCAAGUAUUUACCUUAGAAAUUAUUUAUUCAUGUCGGCGCAGGCACCUAUGAACCGUUCAUACGUAUAAGACUCCUCAACGAAAGGUUGUCUCGAGGAGAUCGCUUCAAGCGAUAAGGCCUUAUUUGCGCAUAGUACCGUUUGUUUUGUUAACCUUUUAGAACUGAAAUGAUUUUCUAUUAUUUUUCUAUAAGUUUCCAUUAUUGUGAUGAUGACAUGCACAUUCGUUAACUUAAAGCUUAAGCUAAGAGGGUUCCAAAUGAGUCUUAGUCUAUAAAGAGCCCACAACAAACUUAGCCUGGUAUUUUUAUGCUAUUACCAUCUUAAAAUUAAUUCAAAAUUAGCUAUGGAGUUAGAGCAAUUCAUACCGAUCCGAUCUUGACAGAUCUUGAUAACCUAUUCAUAGCUCGAUAUUGUUUUGUUUCAAGUUAAGACUGAGAUCUUAUUAUUUAUAUUAUUUUUUUUUUUAUUUGAUAUUUAUGUUUUUAGCUUUGCACUAUCCCAUUUUUUGUCAAACUAAACUUUAACAAUAUUGGUCUGUAUGAGAUCGCUUAACAAUAAAACCGACUUGUAUUACAGUUUCUACUAAAGCCUUUCUUCUGUGUAUUUUUCCACUUAAAUUGAUGUGCAACAAAAUUUAAUAAAAGUAUAAUACUUUGAA